AUGCACUGGCUCCCAGCAGGCCACGACAUCAACGGUGCCCUGGAGCCUUCCAACAUAGACACCAGCAUCCUGGAGGAGUACAUCAGCAAGGAGGAUGCCUCUGACCUCUGCUUCCCUGACAUCUCUGCUCCAGCCAGUGCGGCCUCCUACCCCCAUGGGCAGCCAGCGAUCCCCGGCUCCAGCGGGGUCCACCACCUGAGCCCCGCGGGGGGCGGACCCUCCCCGGGGCGCCAUGGGGCCCUCCCACCCCCGAGCUACAGCGCCCCGCUCAACUGCAACAACAACAACGGCAUGGGUGUUGCUCCCAAGCCCUUCCUGGGGGGUUCUGGGCCCCCCAUCAAGGCAGAGCCCAAGGCUCCCUAUGCCCCAGGCACCCUGCCAGACUCUCCCCCAGACUCGGGCUCCGAGGCCUACUCCCCCCAGCAGGUGAAUGACCCCCAUCUCCUCCGCACCAUUACCCCCGAGACCCUGUGCCAUGUGGGGGUGCCUUCCCGCCUGGAGCACCCGCCCCCACCUCCAGCCCACCUGCCAGGCCCCCCACCGCCCCCGCCACCCCCACCGCACUACCCCGUCCUGCAGCGGGACCUGUACAUGAAGGCCGAGCCUCCGAUGCCCCCCUACGCCGCCAUGGGGCAGGGGCUGGUGCCCACCGACCUCCACCAUGGCCAGCAGUCCCAGAUGCUCCACCAGCUGCUCCAGCAACAUGGAGCUGAGCUCCCCCCACACCCCGCCAAGAAGAGGAAGCACUCGGAAUCACCUCCCAACACCCUCAAUGCCCAGAUGCUGAACGGAAUGAUCAAACAGGAGCCUGGGACUGUGACGGCCCUGCCCCCGCACCCAGCGCGAGCCCCUUCCCCACCCUGGCCUCCCCAGGGCCCGCUGUCACCCGGGCCUGGCUCCCUGCCCCUCAGCAUCGCCCGGGUCCAGACACCCCCUUGGCAUCCACCAGGUGCCCCCUCACCAGGUCUCCUGCAGGACAGUGACAGCCUCAGUGGCUCCUACCUGGACCCCAACUACCAGUCCAUCAAGUGGCAACCGCAUCAGCAGAACAAAUGGGCGACACUGUACGACGCUAACUACAAGGAGCUGCCCAUGCUCACUUACCGCGUGGACGCCGACAAGGGCUUCAACUUUUCGGUGGGCGACGACGCCUUUGUGUGCCAGAAGAAGAACCACUUCCAGGUUACGGCGUACAUUGGCAUGCUGGGCGAGCCCAAGUACGUCAAGACGCCCGAAGGCCUCAAGCCCCUGGACUGCUUCUACCUGAAGCUGCACGGAGUGAAGCUGGAGGCCCUGAACCAGUCCAUCAACAUCGAGCAGUCGCAGUCGGACCGAAGCAAGCGGCCCUUCAACCCCGUCACGGUCAAUCUGCCCCCCGAACAGGUCACGAAAGUGACAGUGGGGAGGCUGCACUUCAGCGAGACCACCGCCAACAACAUGCGCAAGAAGGGCAAGCCCAACCCCGACCAGAGGUACUUCAUGCUGGUGGUGGCCCUCCAGGCCCACGCACAAAAUCAGAACUACACACUGGCCGCCCAGAUCUCAGAGCGCAUCAUCGUCCGGGCCUCCAAUCCAGGCCAGUUUGAGAGUGACAGCGAGGUGCUGUGGCAGCGGGCGCAGGUGCCGGACACGGUCUUCCACCAUGGCCGUGUGGGCAUCAACACGGACCGGCCCGAUGAGGCGCUGGUGGUGCACGGCAACGUCAAGGUCAUGGGCUCGCUCAUGCACCCCUCCGACCUGCGGGCCAAGGAGCACGUGCAGGAGGUGGACACCACCGAGCAGCUGAAGAGGAUUUCGCGCAUGCGGCUGGUGCACUACAGGUACAAGCCGGAGUUUGCCGCCACUGCCGGCAUCGAAGCCGCGGCGCCAGAAACGGGUGUCAUCGCUCAGGAGGUGAAGGAGAUCCUGCCCGAGGCUGUGAAGGACACAGGAGAUGUGGUCUUUGCCAAUGGGAAAACCAUAGAGAACUUCCUGGUGGUGAACAAGGAGCGCAUCUUCAUGGAGAACGUGGGUGCCGUGAAGGAGCUAUGCAAGCUGACGGACAACCUGGAGACGCGCAUCGAUGAGCUGGAGCGCUGGAGCCACAAGCUGGCCAAGCUGCGGCGUCUUGACAGCCUCAAGUCCACCGGCAGCUCGGGCGCCUUCAGCCAUGCAGGGAGCCAGUUCAGCCGGGCGGGCAGCGUCCCCCACAAGAAGAGGCCCCCCAAGGUGGCCAGCAAGUCAUCAUCUGUGGUCCCAGACCAGGCCUGCAUCAGCCAGCGCUUCCUGCAGGGAACCAUCGUGGCCCUGGUGGUCGUCAUGGCCUUCAGCGUGGUGUCCAUGUCCACACUGUAUGUGCUGAGCCUGCGCACCGAGGAGGAUCUGGUGGAAAGUGAUGGCAGGUCCAGCCAGAGCUUUGGGACCACUCAGCUCCGACAGUCCCCUGUGACCACUGGGGUGCUGGGCCCACAGCCCUCUCUGCUGCUGGGUACCACUGGCCCGACCCACUCAGCCCCAGCUCCAGCGCUCCGCACCUUGGACCUCUGCUCUACCCACCCCUGCCCGGUCAUUUGCUGCUCCUCGCCCAGCCCCACCCCCUCCACCGACCAUGGUCUGGGCCCCAGCUUUAAUCCCGGUAGUGGUCUCAGCCCUAGUCCCAGCCCCUCCACCAACCGCUCAGGCCCCAGCCAGAUGGCCCUGCUGCCCGUCACCAACAUCAGAGCCAAGUCCUGGGGCCUGUCAGCCAAUGGCAUUGGCUACUUCAAGCAUCCAAAGAGCUCGAACCCCAUGGCCAGCCCUGUGGUCCCCUUCCCUGGGGGCCAGGGCAAAGCCAAGAACGGCCCCAGCCUCGGUCUCCAUGGCCGGGGCCGCCGAGCGGUUCCCGAGCCUGGCCUGAGCCCUGCUCAGCCCACGCAGGCCCGGAGCCAGUCAGACCCAGUGCCAUUCCUGACCUCCAUCCAGGUGCUGGAGAAUUCAAUGCCCAUUACUUCCCAGUACUGUGCUUCAGAGGAUGCCUGCAGGCCUGGAAACGUCACCUACCACAUCCCUGUUAGCAGCAGCACCCCCCUGCACCUCCGCCUGACCCUGCAGAUGAACUCCUCGUCCCCCGUGUCCGUGGUGCUGUGCAGCCUGAUGUCAAAGGAGGAGCCGUGUGAAGAGGGGGUAAUUCUACAGAGCCUUCACGCCCACCAGGACACUCAGGGCACCUCCCACCAGUGGCCAGUAACCAUCCUGUCCUUCCGCAGAUUCACCUACCACUUCCGGGUGGCAUUGCUGGGUCAGGCCAACUGCAGUGCGGAGGCCCCGGUCCAGCUGGCCACGGACUACUACUUCCACUUCUACCGCCUGUGUGACUGA